AUGGCCGCGGUGGCUGCACGCGGUCCUCUGGCCCAGAGGAAGAGGAGAAGGAGAAGACGGCAGGACAAGUCGGCCAUACCCGCGCGCUUGGUCCUCGAUGACCAUGUCAAGGGCGAUGUCGGCAUCCUCUCCGACGACCUCUUUGCAGACCUGUUUCCGCACCUGGGUGCCCAAGCGAAUGGCGAAGGUGGCGCCGGCCACAACGUCGAACUGCAUCACAUCGCGAUCGCGCCGUGGUCGUCCACUUCGACAACGCUGCAGACCACUUGGACGAUAGUACCCAUUCUCAAGUCUACUGCACUUGCACACUCGACGAUACAAUUCUCUCCUUCCUCGCUCGCCCUGCAGAGCUUUGCUACGACGCUCCAGCAAGUUGCGCCCUCUAAAUUGUCAAGCCACAGCAGGAGUGGCAUCGAGGUCCUGGUUCUCGACGUCGCCGCCUUGGAGCUCGAAACAGUGUUCGUAAGCUUGGAAGGGGACCUAGCGAAGCGUCUGGAGAAUGGGGAGGGGACUUUCUUCAGAGACCACCCGUCCGCCAAAGGAAAGACAGUGACCUCGGCCGAGAGUGCAGCAGAGCGCCUCGCAGAUGCGCUGCGCGUUGCACUGGGCACCUUGAAAGUCGUACACGACGGAGACUUGUUCCCACUGCCACUCCCUCCUCAUCCUAUCACACACGUCCCUCCUACUCCCGGAAAGGUGGCCCUUUGUGAGCCGGUGGCACAAGGUGUACUAGGUCCGAGUACCAAGAUUAUACUCACCAGAGGACACACAUCGUCGAAACAUGACCGAACAUCCAUGACUUCGUCCCAGGCCCUCAAUGGCACAGUACAAGAUGAUGCUGAAGACACGGCCAACGACCAGUUCUACUCGGCUGCCGAAGAACGUUACAAGACAGAUGCUCCUUCAGAAGUCACGGACUCGGUCACAGAAACAGAAACAGAGACAUCCGAGAAUGAGGACAACGAGGACGAUUUAUCAGACGAUUCAAUGGACGACAUGAUUUCGCUUCAAGCGCCGACGCUACCGACUACCAACGCGAGUGGUGUGUCAACCAUGCAACCUGGAACACCAAUGACCAUUGGGCGAGGAAGGAAGACGAACGGCAUCAACACUCCUGGAUCUGUUUUCUCCAGUUUUACCGCUACUACGGCAAGGCCUGAUCGCCCGAAGGGACGUCUUUUCAAGGCCCAGGGCUUGAUGAGUCCCAUUCCAGCAGACCUGUUACACCCCAAGCCAAACCCCGAUGAUGACGCAGAAGCCAGAGUCUACGUUGACAUUACCUCUUUGACAAGAAUUGGCUGCUUCUCGGGUGAUUGGGUUCGCUUGGAGGCAUCCGAAGAACCUCCGGCUAAUGGCUCUGGAUUAUUUGGACUCGGUAGCUUUGGCCCAUCUGAUGCAGCAGAGAAUACAUGGCGCCCAGCCAAAGUCUUUGGGCUGCCAGAGGGCUACUCACAUCGCCCCAUGACAAGGAUACCCAGUUCAAAGCAUGACAAUGGUGGUCGCAGGUUCUCGUUCUUCGAGUCGCAAAUCCAAAAGCCAUCAAGCCCCGGUGCCUACCUCUCACCCAUCCUGUUGGCUAACUUGGAAAAUACCCCCUACGUUAGACUGUCUCCCUUGAAGAGACUGGCCUAUCCUCCCAAACCAGGACAAUCCAAAAUCACAGGCGCAUCCCAUCCCCCCUACGCGCGGGACGUUAUCAUUCAGCAGAUCCGCACACCCUUGUCAUCGGAAAGGGCAUUGCAGACCGUCAUAUUAGGUGGUCUCAAGAGUCACUUCGCACGACGCACACGAGUUGUGAGAACUGGUGACGUCCUCGGAAUUCCGAUCGAUACGCAGCUUGGUAGAACUCUCCAUGAGCUUCCUGGUGUCAAUAGUGGUUCUGGGGUCGACGACUUGAUGGCCUUGACUGCUUCAAACAAAGUCAGUGGCUCUAUCACGAAACCAGAUGGGAUUGCUUGGUUCAAGGUUGGACAUAUACAGCGCCAAAAAUCUGAAGCUGCUGCAGACGAGGAGGAGGAAGACGUUUGGGGUGGGGUGGCCUGCAUUGACACCUCAACAACCCAAAUAGCGCAGUCUGGAGCGGUCACCAGCCUGGUACCAGGAACCAAGGACAGCAAUUGGCCAUAUUACCUCGGGAUGGAGGAGCCGCCAAAAGGUACGAAGGGUUCAACAGUACCCACAGCUCCAGAUCAAUCGAAGAAGUUCAUCUCGCCCCUUAGACGAAGACUACGUGAGCUUAUGGCUGCCGCUACCAGCAAACGGGCAGUCCAUCUCAAUAUGCCACCGGUGGCGAUCUUACUGGUCUCCAAUCAGCGGAAUAUCGGCAAAGCAACUGUGGCGACGAACGCUUGUUCAGAUCUCGGCCUUCAUACCUUUACUAUCGACGCGUACGAUAUCGUAAACGAAGGCGGGGGUGGAGGCAGCGACGUCAAGACAGAAGGCUUCUUGAAAGCGAGGGCUGACCGGGCCAUGAGCUGCGGUCCCACUUGCUGCGCGUUGGUGGUGCGCCACCUGGAAGCCCUGACCGCGGACAGGAUGGUCACAGCCAUGAAAGAAAUUCUAGAUGAUGCCCGAGUACUCAUAGCCACAACAACUGAGGUGGAUAAGGUACCUGAUGGAGUUCGAGGAUUAUUCACACACGAGUUGGAGAUGAACGCUCCCGACGAGGGUGAGCGUGAAGGUAUACUCAAAAGCAUAGUUGAUGGCCAAGGAUUGUCCCUUGCGCCUGGAGUUGAUCUGAGCAGCGUGGCCCUUAAAACGGCGGCAUUAGUGGCAGGUGACCUAGUGGAUGUUGUUGGCCGAGCUGUAGUAGCCCGGCAAGCGCGGUUAGAAGAUUUGUCUACGAGAGCUUCGACCGAUGAAAGCCCCAUCACCGUGAGAGAUAUCCAAGUUGCAGGUGGCUCGGCUGCAAGGAGCCUCACGAAAGCAGACUUUGAUAUUGCGGUAGAGGCUGCACGUAAGAAUUUCGCGGAUGCAAUUGGGGCUCCAAAGAUUCCCAAUGUUACUUGGGAUGACGUGGGCGGCCUCAGCAAUGUCAAGGAAGCAGUCAUGGAGACAAUCCAGCUGCCCCUAGAGAGGCCGGAGCUCUUUGCAAAGGGCAUGAAGAAGCGUUCAGGCAUUCUCUUCUAUGGCCCGCCCGGCACAGGAAAAACGCUACUUGCUAAGGCUAUUGCUACAGAGUAUAGCUUGAACUUCUUCAGUGUCAAGGGCCCAGAGCUGCUGAAUAUGUACAUCGGAGAGUCGGAAGCCAAUGUUCGGCGCGUGUUCCAGCGCGCGCGAGAUGCCAGGCCUUGCGUGGUAUUCUUUGACGAGUUGGACUCGGUUGCUCCCAAGCGAGGCAAUCAGGGGGACAGUGGUGGUGUCAUGGACCGAAUUGUGUCCCAGCUGCUUGCAGAGCUCGACGGCAUGUCAGGUGGAGACGACGGAGGUGGUGGUGGAGUGUUCGUCAUCGGCGCAACAAACCGUCCUGACCUGCUGGAUCAAGCCCUACUACGUCCAGGACGCUUUGAUAAGAUGCUUUACUUGGGUGUCUCUGACACGCACGAAAAGCAGCUCACGAUCAUGGAGGCGCUUACAAGAAAUGAUGCCAUGCUCAAGGCCGUGACGCGGCAGGCCUCGGGGGUCGACGCCAAGAUCCGUGCCCUGAAUGCGGAUUUGUCUUCUUCUGGUCGCCCGCCCAUUUCUACGGCCAACUUCUUCGAUCACCACGCCACCGCAGAGGACAUUGCUGUCAUGGUCAUGGAGCAGGACUUCCUCGACGCCAACCGCGAGCUAGUGCCAAGUGUCAGCGCCGGCGAAUUGGCACACUAUGAAAAGGUGAGGGCUACCUUCGAAGGGGGUCGGGAGAAGGCUAUAGAGGGCAACCCCGAUAUGGAGGAUACUACUGCCCCAGCGUUUGGGUCAGACGUGCAGUCAAAAUCAGCUGGCAAGGGCAAGGGCAAAGCCGUCGUAGGCAAGGGUAAGGGCAAGGCGGUCAUGGGGGACAGUGAAGAGGACAGCGAUGGGGAUGAGGAGGCAUAUGGGAGCUACCAGAGUUCCAAUGGCAAGGGCAAAGGAAAAGGAAAGGCUGUCAUGAGGUUUGAACAAGGGACGGGCAGCGACGACGACGGGUUAUACUGA